AAAUUUCAAAAAAUUUUCACAUGCAAAUCAAUAACAAAUAUAUCUUUUUGAAUUAUUACAUUUAUUAAAUACUCAAAAAUAUAUUAAAAUCAUCAAAUUACAUCACAUAUAAUCAUAUUUGAAAACAUUAAUUCAUAAUCAAAUCAGAAAAUUAUAAAUUCAAACAGUUUAAAAAUAUAACAAGAUAUGGCAGAAGCCCAUUCUGCAGUAGCCUUCUCAUUUUCUGUAACAGAUAAUGGCAUAGAUUUUGACAUUAAUUGGGAUGCCUGGAAAGGAGUAUGGUACACUAGCUAUAGAUCUUGGAGAAAGAAGAUAUCACGAUUUAGGAGUAUAUUUUGGACUGGGUUUUUUCCCGUGGCCUUAACGUCUUGGCCCAUAUUUUUGAUAUUGGUGGCCAUUUUGAAGCGUUUCAAAUUUACGGGGGAAUGGCAUUACGCGGAAAGAUUUAGAUCUUAUCUUCCACUCUGGCCGAGUAUCAUAGUGGACUGGUUAUGUUGCGUGGUGGUAGCUAUGCUCAUAUGGUUCGCUUUCGUGACGGCGAGCCAGUACGCCCUCCGGGUAUUGUUAUUGUAUCAAAGAUGGAUAUUCGAGCCGUUUGGAAAGCCUACUCUCCCCACCAAAAUUUGGGCGGUAUUCGUUAAAGUGCUGAUUGGUUCUAGACCAUUGCUGUAUGGCUUGCAACAUUGUCUGCCACGGUUACCGGUGCCUAGAUUACAUUCAACUAUGGAGAGGUAUUUGAAAACCGUGAAACCCUUACUGCCGCCCGAACAAUACGCUGAGAUGAGUAAACUGGCUAGCGAGUUUGAAUCGACCAUAGGUCCCAAACUACAGAGAUAUUUGAUACUCAAAUCCUGGUGGUUCACUAAUUACGUAUCUGAUUGGUGGGAAGAAUACGUUUACCUCAGCGGCAGAUCUCCAAUUAUGGUCAAUAGCAAUUAUUAUGCCAUGGAUACCCUCAUGUUCAAAGCUACGAAUGUCCAAGCAGCUCGGGCGGCUAAUUGCAUUCACGCACUAUUCAAAUUUCGUCGAUUGAUUUAUUAUCAAACCCUGAAACCUAUUAUGUUCCAAGGGUCAGUGCCAUUAUGCUCACACCAAUACGAAAGAAUGUUCAAUACUACCAGAGUACCUGGAAUCGAUUCAGAUAAGAUUCAACAUCACGAUGAUAGUCAGCACGUUGUGGUUUACCAUAAGGGCAGAUUUUUCAAACUAUUGAUUUACAAUAAGGGGCAUUUGAUGGAACCUUGCGAAAUCGAAAUUCAAAUACAAUCGGUUCUCGAUGACCAAACGCCACCCGCUCCCGGGGAAAAAGAUAUUCCAGCUUUAACAGCCGGAGAAAGGAAACCAUGGGCUAUAGCGCGCAAACAAUUUUUCCAUACUGGCGUGAAUCGGGCAUCGCUGGAAUGCAUCGAAAGAGCGGCUUUCUUUGUUACCUUGGACGAUGAGGAACAAUGCAACGAUCCGGAGAAUCCCGCAAAAUUGGACGCGUACGCUGGCUCUCUCUUGCACGGGAAAGGUAACGACCGAUGGUUCGAUAAAUCGUUUACCCUCGUGGUGUUCAAGAAUGCUAGGAUCGGUUUCAACGCUGAACAUAGCUGGGCGGACGCUCCUAUAAUGGCUCACCUGGUGGUCGAAAUGCUGACUAUGGAUCACUCGAUGGGAUACACCGAAAACGGUCAUUGUAAAUCAACAACAAAAAACUUGUUAGUACCUCUACCCGCUAAAUUGGGUUGGAAUCUUAAACCGGAAUGUAAGGAAGUGAUAGAAAACCAGUUCAAAAUCGCGACUUCUUUACUCGAAGAUGUCGACAUUACCCUCCUGACCCACGAUAAGUAUGGCAAAGGUUUCAUCAAAGGAACUCGUUGCAGUCCCGAUGCGUACCUUCAAAUGGCUCUUCAAUUGGCUUAUUACAAAGACAAAGGCAAAUUCGACUUAACUUACGAGGCCUCUAUGACUAGACUUUUCCGCGAGGGGAGAACGGAGACAGUAAGGACAGUGUCGGAAAAGUCUUGCGCCUGGGUCAAGUCCAUGUUGGACCCGACAUGCAACAAUUUUGACCGCGUAAACUUGCUCAAGGCGGCCUGCCAGGCCCACGUCCUAUCCUACAAAUGGGCCAUGACUGGAAACGGGAUAGAUCGGCACCUUUUCUGUCUCUACGUCGUCUCCAAGUAUUUGGAGAAGAAAAAUCAGAAGAAUUCUCUAGAAAGUAUCACUACUUCUUCAUCGAAAGAUUCUAAAACCGAAGUCACGAAUUUAAUGAAAUCUUCUCCUUUCCUUAAAAGAGUUCUCAGUGAACCCUGGAGACUAUCUACUAGUCAAACGACUCAUUUAUCCGCCGAAAAAUUAGACAUCGAAUCACAUAAACACCUUAUAUCGGCCGGGGGCGGAUUCGGACCGGUUGCUGACGAUGGAUACGGAGUGUCAUAUAUAAUAGCCGGGGAAAAUAGAAUCUAUUUUCACAUAUCCAGCAAAAAGAGUUCACCUGCAACGAAUUCUGUAAGGUUCAAAAAUCAUAUUUUGCAAGCCCUGUCCGAUAUGCAAAACCUGUUGAAACCCGAUAAUGCCGGAACUGUAUCGCCCACCAAAACCGCUACAACUAGUGAUACGAAAUUGCCCAAUGCCAAUGGGAAGACUUGAAAAGGAAGUCAUCCCAUUUAUUUAUAUUUCGGAAUAAAUUUAAAAAAAUAAUAAUACCAAAAUUCUUACAAAAAAAUGUUUGAAACAUUU